ACCACCGGCGCCAUGCAUAAGGCGGGACUGCUGCUGGGCGCCUGUGUCCGGGCGUGGAAGUCAUUGCGGAUGGCCAGCUCCAGGGUGACGCGCCGGGACCCGCUCGCGAACAAGGUGGCCCUAGUAACGGCCUCCACCGACGGGAUCGGCUUCGCAAUCGCUCGGCGUCUGGCCCAGGACGGGGCCCACGUGGUGGUCAGCAGCCGGAAGCAGCAGAAUGUGGACCGGGCAGUGGCAGCGCUGCAGGGGGAGGGGCUGAGUGUGACUGGCACUGUGUGCCACGUGGGGAAGGCUGAAGACCGAGACCGGCUGGUGACCACGGCUGUGAAGGCUUAUGGGGGCAUUGACAUCCUGGUCUCCAAUGCUGCCGUCAACCCUUUCUUUGGAAACCUAAUGGAUGUCACCGAGGAGGUGUGGGACAAGAUUCUGGAGAUUAAUGUGAAGGCCACAGCCCUGAUGACAAAGGCAGUGGUGCCAGAGAUGGAGAAACGAGGAGGCGGCUCCGUGGUGAUUGUGGCCUCCCUAGCAGCCUACACCCCAUUUCCUGCCCUGGGCCCUUACAAUGUUAGUAAAACAGCCUUGCUGGGUCUCACCAAGAACCUGGCCAUAGAGUUGGCCCAAAAGAACAUUAAUGUGAACUGCCUGGCACCCGGAAUCAUCAAGACUAAGUUCAGCCAUGUGUUGUGGAUGGAUGAGGCAAGAGAGGAGAGCAUAAAAGAAGCCCUACGGAUAAGAAGGAUAGGCAAGCCAGAGGAAUGUGCAGGCAUCGUGUCUUUCCUGUGCUCUGAAGAUGCCAGCUACAUCACUGGGGAAACAGUGGCAGUGAGCGGAGGGGCCCCAUCCCGCCUCUGAGUACCUGGAGAGAGCCCACCAGGGCAGAGAUUGGGCUCCAACUCCUGGUCUGGUUCCAGCACUCAUCAACUAGCCUUUCCCACCUCUGCCUAUCAUACACGCCCCCAAAAUCAGUUCUGCCCUAUGGCAAGAUCCAGCCUUCCUGGCCAUCAAAGUUUGGUCUUAUGAGGAUUCCAGCUGUUGCUGUAGCCUUGGAUAAAGGCUUCCCCUGAGGACACAGGGCAGGCCUGCUGAGAAGGCUGCGUCUACCUCAGCAAAGA